AUGUCCUACAACAAACACGACGAGCCCCCCGCCUACCACAACCCCAACAACCCCUACAACAACUCCCCCAACCCUUACGGUUCUCCCGCCCCCGGAGGCUACUACCAACAACAACAACCCAUGGGCUACGGACAGGGACAAUACCCGCAAGGCGGUGGCUACCCACAACCACAGCCCGGCCCGGGAGGGUACUACCAGCAAGGUCCGUAUGGGCCCCCGCAUGGGUAUGGACAGGGCGGACCGCAGAUGUAUGGGCCCCCGCAGCAGAGGCAGAAGUCGGGACCGGGUAUGCUUGAGGCGUGUCUCGCCGGGUUGGCAUGCUGCUGCUGUCUCGAUCUGCUAUGCUAA